AUGAAACUGCACAUGGAAGCCAACGGCAAGUCUGACGAGGAAAAGAAGCCAUUGCGAAACUGCAUUGCUAGUGAGAUGCCCCCGCAGCACUUCAGUGCAUAUUUUGUGUAUCCCACGCAGAAUCACAAUGGCAUCCGUGCGGGGCCAAGUGUCCAGCUGUACAAAAAUCUGCUGCACCUUGGGCGUGACUACCCAAAGGGCUAUGACUACUUUCGGAGUCGACUGAAGGCUGCCUUCCUCAAGAACCGCGAUGUCAAAGACCCUGAGCAGUUGACCAUGCUGCUUGCCAGAGGACAGUACAUCAUCAAGGAGCUCGAGGCACUCUACAUGCUCAAGAAAUACCGUACCCUCAAGAAGCGCUACUACACAGACACUCCUUAAAAAACAACUUUCUUUUAGUGCUCAC